UUUUUAGAGAGAGAAAGACACACAGACGCUCAAUACAAAUAGGAAACUGGAGAGGUCUCCCACACACACAGAGACAGAGCAGAGAGCGCACCAACGAAUCGUCGUCUCAAGGAUCAACGGAAUUUACCAAAUUACUAAGAACCCACAAUUUUAUAUGCGAUUGGUCCCUCUGGGUCUCCUUCCCCAUCCCCUCUCCUGUUCUCUCUCUCUCUCUCUCCCCGCUUUUGGUCGUAUUCUCGCUGUGCCCUAGAUCUUGAAGAGCAAUAGGACGAGGGGAGCUCAAAAGGGUCGUGUAGAUAGAUCUUCGGGUCAAGAUUUGUGGGGUUCGCCCAAAAGGGGAUCUUUCUCAACUCGGGUUGUUGCCACGACCCACCUCGAGCAAUCUGUCAGGUGGUGUUUCCUCUUUUGCUUUCAGAUUUCCAGAACCCAACUAGCAGCUCUUCUUGGUCAUUCAAUAUUCGGUGUAAAAAAUAUGAGGGAUGCUGUGAGGAGAUAAUUCAGCUGUGAUGCCGUAAUUUGAGGUCUUCUUCUGAAUGAAGACAGCUAAGGGUUGGAGAUUAGGCAUGGGCGAGGUUCAGCUCUUAGCUGGACACCGCCAUGCCCGGAGUCAGUUAAAGAAGCCUGUUUGGAUCAUAGUCUUAAUCUCUUUGGUCAUUUUAUUCCUGAUCUGCGCAUAUGUUUACCCUCCACAAAGCAGCUCCACCUGCUACAUAUUCUCCUCUAGAGGCUGUAAGGUUCUUUCUGAUUGGCUCCCACCAGCUCCUGCGAGAGAGUACACUGAUGAAGAGAUCGCAUCUCGUGUUGUUAUAAGGGAUAUCUUGAAUACUUCUCCAAUUGAAACAAGGAACUCGAAGAUUGCCUUCAUGUUCUUGAGCCUGGGUUCGCUCCCUUUUGAGAGGCUAUGGGAGAAAUUCUUCCAUGGUCAUGAGGGAAGAUUUACGGUCUAUGUGCAUGCCUCUAAAGAAAAGCCAGUACAUGUUAGCCGCUACUUUAUUAAUCGCGAUAUACGCAGUGAGCAGCAGGUAGUUUGGGGGAAAAUUUCCAUGAUCGACGCUGAGAAGAGGUUAUUGGCGAAUGCUCUGAAAGAUCCCGAUAAUCAACAUUUUGUCUUACUUUCUGAUAGCUGUGUGCCGUUGCAUAGUUUUGACUAUGUAUAUGACUAUUUAAUGCACACAAACAUCAGCUUUAUUGACUGCUUCUAUGAUCCUGGUCCCCAUGGAAAUGGCAGAUAUUCUGAGCACAUGCUACCUGAAGUCGAGAAGAAAGACUUUCGAAAGGGUGCCCAGUGGUUCACCAUGAAGCGGCAACAUGCGUUGAUUGUUAUGGCUGAUCAUUUAUACUAUACAAAAUUCCGGGAUUACUGCAAGCCAGGUCUCGAGGGCAAGAACUGCAUCGCUGAUGAACAUUACUUGCCGACUUUCUUCAGUAUGGUUGAUCCUGGUGGAAUAGCAACUUGGUCGGUAACACACGUUGAUUGGUCUGAAAGAAAGUGGCAUCCCAAGUCAUACAGGGCUCAGGACGUUACUUACGAGCUUUUAAAGAAUAUAACGUCAAUUGACGUAAGUAUACAUGUGACAAGUGAUGACAAGCAUGAAGAGCAAAUAAAGCCUUGCCUCUGGAACGGAGUGAAGCGGCCAUGCUACUUAUUCGCGAGGAAAUUCUAUCCUGAAGCACUGGACAACUUGCUGGAUCUGUUCUCGAACUACACCACAAUCUGAGCUCAACUAUUUUUGGCUCUUAUGGUAUUCUUUGGCCGAUUAUUUGACACCCUUAAAGCUGUACAUUUUCUGCGUCAUAGAGGCUCGGUAAUUUAUACGACCACAUAUGUUGAGUGCGAGGGCGAAGUUUUCAGAGCCAUAAGGAGGGUGUAUCUAAUGGAAGCUAAUGAUUUGUUAUUAGUGCUUCCGUUGGGGAUGGGAUGUGAAGUGUGUCAAUUAUGUUGGCCCAAUUUGGAUUGAAAUUAUUGAAGGGAGAGGAACAUUUUGGGGGGACUGGUUUUGUAAUUUGAAAUAGUGAAUUUUCAUAUAGGACUUAAUGAUAGCGUCAUUCUCUUUGUUUCGACAAAGAUCGAUGUUUCGGACAGAUGUCCGAUUUUGUA